ACUUGAUGUAAAAUCCCUAUUUGAUUGCCGAAAAGUCUUCACGUGUAUUUUCACAUUGUUUUUCGUUGUGUAGUUUUUGUGAAGUCUUUUAAUUUUCUGAAUAAAAAGUGAAAAUGGGAACCGAAAGAAAGGGUACAUUUAAAGUUGAAUAUCUUCAGGCAAUUGAAAAAAAUAUACAAGCCACAUGGGAAAAUGAAAAAGUCUAUGAACAAAAUGCCCCAUUAUCGGCUGAUGGUAGAAAAGCAGAUUCCAAAUUUAUGGCAACAUUUCCAUUUCCCUAUAUGAAUGGUCGUCUUCAUUUGGGUCAUUCAUUUUCCCUAUCAAAAUGUGAAUUUGCCAUACGCUAUCAACGUCUUCUUGGUAAACAUUGUUUAUUUCCAUUUGGUUUACAUUGCACUGGUAUGCCAAUAAAAGCAUGUGCCGAUAAAUUAAAAAGAGAAAUUGAACUUUAUGGUAAUCCACCAAAAUUUCCAAAAGAUGAAAUCCCCAUUGAAGAUAAAGACGACGAUAUUGUUAUUAAAGAUAAGAGUAAGGGUAAAAAAAGUAAAGCUGUCGCUAAAACUGCAAGUCUUAAAUAUCAAUGGCAAAUAAUGCGUAGUUUAGGUUUAUCAGAUGAUGAAAUUUGUAAAUUUGCCGAUGAAAAUUAUUGGCUUGAAUAUUUUCCACCGUUAGCAGUUAAUGAUUUAAAAUCACUUGGUAUUGCCGUUGAUUGGCGACGAAUUUUCAUAACAACCGAUAUUAAUCCAUUUUUUGAUUCAUUUGUCCGUUGGCAAUUUCAACAUCUUAAGGAGAGAAAUAAAAUUAAAUAUGGCAAACGUCAUACAAUUUAUUCGCCAAAAGAUCAACAACCUUGUAUGGAUCAUGAUCGUGGUAGUGGCGAAGGUGUUGGACCACAAGAAUAUACAUUAAUAAAAAUGAAACUCAUUGCACCGUAUCCAAAAAAAUUAUCAAAUAUUUCAAAUGAAAAUAUAUUUCUUGUCGCCGCUACAUUACGACCUGAAACAAUGUAUGGACAAACAAAUUGUUGGAUUCAUCCUGAAAUGCGUUAUAUUGCUUAUAAAUUAUCAAAUAAUGAUAUUUUUAUUUCAACUGAAAGAGCAGCUCGUAAUAUGUCGUAUCAGGAAUUUUUUAAAAUUGAGGGUAAAAUUGAUAUUGUUGCCGAAUUAGUGGGACAAGAUAUUAUGGGAUUAUCCCUUGAGGCUCCGCUGACAACAAAUAAAAUUAUUUACACUCUACCAAUGUUGACAAUUAAAGAAGAUAAAGGAACGGGAAUUGUCACAUCGGUACCAAGUGAUUCACCCGAUGAUUAUGCAGCGUUGGUCGAUCUCAAGAAAAAGCAACCGUUCCGUGAAAAAUAUGGAAUUAAAGAUGAAAUGAUUUUGCCCUAUGAACCAAUACCAAUAAUAGAAGUUCCUGAAUUUGGUAAUUUAUCCGCUGUUACUGUAUACAAUCAAUUGAAAAUUCAAUCACAAAAUGAUCGUAUUAAAUUAAAUGAGGCAAAAGAAAUGGUUUAUUUAAAAGGAUUUUACGAUGGUGUACUAUUGGUGGGACCACAUAAGGGUAAAAAAGUUCAGGACGUUAAGAAAAUAUUGCAAAAUAAUUUAAUUGACAAGAAAAAUGCUGUUAUUUAUUAUGAACCAGAGAAAACAGUUACAUCAAGAUCGGGUGAUGAAUGCGUUGUUGCACUUUGUAAUCAAUGGUAUUUAAAUUAUGGUGAAGCAAAAUGGAAAGCAGAAACUGAAAAAGCAUUGGCUAAUAUUGAAACAUUUCACGAGGAAGUGAGAAGAAAUUUUACACAUUGUCUCAAUUGGCUUCAUGAAUAUGCUUGUUCACGUACCUAUGGACUUGGAUCACGACUUCCUUGGGAGGAAGAAUGGCUAAUAGAAUCUCUUUCUGAUUCGACAAUUUACAUGGCUUAUUACACUGUAGCGCAUUAUCUUCAAGGCAAUAGUUUUAAAGGCGACAAGGAAAAUGAACUGGGAAUCAAACCGGAACAAAUGACACGCGAAGUUUGGGAUUACAUCUUCUUUAAAGAUGCAAAACUACCAAAAACAACGAUAAAAAAAGAAGCACUACGUUUAUUGAGAACGGAAUUUCAAUAUUGGUAUCCAGUUGAUCUUCGUGUAUCGGGUAAAGAUUUAGUACAAAAUCAUUUGACAUUCUAUCUUUACAAUCAUACGGCAAUUUGGCCAAAUCAACCUGAAAUGUGGCCACAAGCAAUUCGAGCAAAUGGACAUUUACUUCUGAAUUCAUCUAAGAUGGCAAAAUCAGAUGGUAAUUUCUUGACAUUAUCAGAGGCGAUAGAAAAAUUCUCAGCUGAUGGAACAAGAUUUUGUCUCGCCGAUGCUGGCGAUUCAAUUGAGGAUGCAAAUUUUGUUGAAUCAAUGGCCGAUGCAGGAAUUUUAAGACUAUAUACAUUUAUUGAAUGGGUGAAAGAAGUAAUUGAGACUAAAGAUUUAUUUAGAAAAGGAACUCCAAAAACAUUUCAUGAUAUAGUUUUUGAAAGUGAAAUAAAUCUAAAAAUUCAAGAGACUGGUGAAAAUUUUUCGAAAAUGUUAUAUAAAGAAGCGUUGAGAACGGGAUUUUUUGAACUUCAAGCUGCAAGGGAUAAAUAUAUGCAAUUAAGUGCAGCAGAUAAAGUAAAUUGGCAAUUAAUAAUGAAAUAUAUUGAAGUUCAAGUACUACUUUUGUUGCCAAUUUGUCCCCAUGUUGGGGAACACGUAUGGAAAUUGAUUGAAAAGCCAAACAGUGCUCUAAGUGCAAGAUGGCCAAAAGCAGGUGAAAUAAAACAAAAUUUAAUAAAAUCAUCACAAUAUUUAAUGGACGCUGCACAUUCGUUUAGAUUAUUUUUAAAAAAUCACAUGACACCACCAAAAAGUAAGGACAAGACAAAAAUAAUUGUGGAAAAACCAAAUACUGCAAUUAUUUGGGUGGCAAAAACUUUCCCACGUUGGCAAAGUAUCGUUCUCACUACAAUGAAAGACCUCUAUAAUAAAAAUGGAGGAAAAUUGCCCGACAAUAAAGUGAUAUCAACUGCUUUGAAUUUGGAAGUUGAAUUAAAGAAAUAUAUGAAAAAAGUAAUGCCAUUUGUUCAGGCGACAAGGGAGAAAAUUGAAUUGAUUGGAGUUAAAGCAUUUCAAUUGACUCUCGAUUUUGACGAAGCUGAUGUAUUGGAGAAGAAUAAAAAAUAUAUUUCCGAUACUUUAGACUUGGAAAAAGUGGAAAUAAAAUUCACAGACGAAGCGCCAGAAAAAACAAAAGAGGAAUGUUGUCCUGGUGCACCUUACAUUAGUUUUUUCACUCAACCAGGAAUAUUUGUAAAUAUUUCAAAUCCUGUACCAUGUAAUGGUUUAUUCACAACUUCGGUGAAGGUUGUCGAUGGCGAUAGUGUAGCAAAUGUAAUUUCUAAAAUUGCGAAAGGAAAUAAGCGAAUUGAAGACUCAAAAUCCCUGGUCCUGCAACGAUUCGAUGACACAAUUCUAGGUCCAAGAACAAUACCAAAUCCAUCGAGUCCAAUGAAGGGCAAAAAGGAAUUAUCAAAUGAUGCCACUUUUAAAGUGGAUUUGGAUAAAGAUGUCGUGUUUGUUGAACGUGAACCAGGAAAAUUUAUCAAUAUUGAAAAACAACUCAAUUAUACAGUGCGUAGUUAACUAAAGAAAAAAAAGAAAAUUUUUGCAUAGGCACCAGUAUAUUCUGAGGCGUCGUGAAGUGCAGCUCCAUAUGGUCCACAUGAGCCCGCUAUCAAUGGUUUUCGAUUUAUCUGCUGUUUAGUUGAGAAAAAUAAAAAAUUAACAAUUUUUUUUUUUCGAAACGAUUUUCAGUCACACGAUAUUAAAAUAAAUUUGUUUCUUCUUUUGGGA